AACAGCACACUACUCCUUAAUAAAGGCUUAAACCCUCCGCCCCAAAGCCAAAAGUCUCCACCACUCUCCUCACAUACAAAAUUACCAAAACACCAUCCACGUUAUGCAUAUCCAACACGCAAUCUCAUGCAGAUUCCCGAAAUUGCCCUCUAAGCCACCUUUGCACGCACCAACACUAUUCCCUUUCCCUCCUUCUCCGUUAAUCUCUCUCUUUACUCUUCAUAAUCAUCAUCCCACAAGUCACACUCACAUUUCCUCAAUCAUCAAUAGUAGAAGAACCCAUUACUGGGUUGUUCACAAGGCAAUGCCUUGUUCUUCUUCCUUAACCUCCUGCUGUGCCAGUGGUGACAGCAGCAGCAACACCAACACCGAAAACCACGAUAACAACACCAACGGUGCUACUCCUCGAAACUUGAAGCUGACCCAAUCGACGUUCUUGUCUUCACUGAUGCCAAAGACAGAGAUUGGCGUCGACCGUUUCCUCCAUGCUUACCCGAGCUACGAUGGCCGUGGUGCACUCAUCGCUAUCUUCGAUUCUGGUGUAGACCCAGCUGCUGCUGGAUUACAGGUUACCUCUGAUGGGAAACCAAAAAUCCUUGAUGUUCUUGAUUGCACUGGGAGUGGAGAUGUUGAUACCUCAAAGGUGGUGAAGGCUGAUGCUGAUGGUUGUAUAUCUGGAGCAUCAGGGACAUCUUUGGUUAUCAAUGAUUCGUGGAAAAAUCCUUCUGGUCAAUGGCAUGUGGGUUAUAAAUUUGUUUAUGAGCUCUUUACAGAAAAGUUGACUUCUCGUUUGAAGAAGGAAAGAAGGAAAAAGUGGGACAAGAAAAACCAGGAGGAAAUUGCUAACGCUGUAAAACAACUUGAUGAUUUUGAUCAGCAACAUGUCAAGAUAGAAGAUGCUGAACUUACAAAGGCUCGUGAAGAUCUCCAAAAUAGGCUUGAUCUUCUGAGAAAGCAAUCUGAGAGCUAUGAUGAUAAAGGGCCUGUCAUAGAUGUUGUUGUCUGGCAUGAUGGAGAGGUUUGGAGAGUUGCUCUUGACACACAAAAUAUUGAGGAUGAUCCAGAAUGUGGGAAGCUUGCUAACUUUGUACCCUUAACUAAUUACAGGAUUGACAGGAAGUAUGGUGUCUUCAGCAAAUUAGAUGCGUGUACAUUUGUUGUGAAUGUCUAUAAUGAUGGAAAAGUUGUAAGUAUUGUAACAGACAGCUCCCCUCAUGGUACCCAUGUUGCUGGUAUAGCUGCUGCAUUCCACCCAGAGGAACCCUUGUUGAAUGGAGUUGCACCUGGAGCUCAACUAAUAUCUUGUAAAAUCGGGGACUCUCGCUUGGGUUCUAUGGAAACUGGAACUGGUUUGACUCGGGCAUUAAUAGCUGCUGUGGAGCAUAAAUGUGAUCUUAUCAACAUGAGUUAUGGUGAGCCAACGUUGCUGCCAGACUAUGGACGCUUUGUCGACCUUGUGAAUGAAGCUGUAAACAAGCACCGUCUGAUAUUUGUUAGCAGUGCUGGUAAUAGUGGGCCAGCAUUGAACACAGUCGGUGCUCCUGGUGGUACAUCUUCAAGUAUCAUUGGUGUUGGUGCUUAUGUUUCUCCUGCUAUGGCUGCUGGUGCUCAUUCUGUUGUUGAAUCUCCAUCUGAGGGAAUUGAAUACACUUGGUCUAGUCGAGGACCAACAACUGAUGGAGACCUUGGUGUCUGUAUAAGUGCUCCUGGUGCUGCUGUUGCUCCAGUUCCUAUGUGGACACUUCAACGGCGCAUGCUCAUGAAUGGGACAUCAAUGGCAUCACCAUCAGCCUGUGGGGGAAUUGCAUUGCUCAUUAGUGCAAUGAAGGCUGAGGGAAUUAAUGUGAGUCCAUAUAGUGUGAGGAAGGCCCUGGAGAAUACAUCUGUUCCUAUAGGCAAUUCACCUGAGGAUAAAUUAUCCACUGGGCAAGGGCUUAUGCAAGUUGACAAGUGUUACGAAUAUAUUAAGCAAUGUCACAAUAUUCCAUGUGUUUGGUAUCAAGUAAACAUCAAGCAAUCUGGAAAAACAAAUCCUUCUUCACGGGGCAUCUACCUGAGGGAGGCUAGUGCUUUCCAACAAUCUACUGAGUGGACAGUGGAAGUUGAUCCAAAAUUUCAUGAGGAUGCCAACAAAAUUGAAGAAUUGGCUGUGUUUGAGGAGCACAUUGAAUUACAUUCUACAGAUAGCUCAGUUGUGAAAGCCCCUGAUUAUCUACUGCUCACUCAUAAUGGUCGUACCUUCAACGUAAUUGUUGAUCCUACUAAUUUAGCUGAUGGUCUGCAUUAUUAUGAGGUCUACGGUGUUGACUGCAAAGCACCAUGGCGCGGUCCUCUUUUCAGAAUUCCAGUUACUAUAACCAAGCCUGUGGCUGUUACUAAUAGACCUCCACAAGUUUCAUUUUCAAAGAUGUUAUUCCAGUCAGGCCAUGUAGAAAGGAAAUAUAUAGAAGUGCCACAUGGUGCAUCGUGGGUUGAGGGAACCAUGAACACAUCAAGUUUUGAUACGACGAGAAGAUUUUUCGUGGAUGCUGUUCAGAUAUGUCCAUUGCAUAGACCGCUGACAUGGAGGAGUGUGAUGACUUUUUCUUCCCCUGCUGCCAAAAGCUUCGCUUUCAAGGUUGUAGGUGGUCAAACAUUGGAACUAGUCAUAGCUCAGUUUUGGUCAAGUGGCAUAGGGAGUCAAGAGACUACAAGUGUGGAUCUGAAGGUUAUGUUUCAUGGUGUAAAAGUCAACCAAGAGGAAAUUGUACUUGAUGGGAGUGAAGCACCAGUUAGAAUUAAUGCUGAAGCAUUACUGGCAUCUGAGAGACUUUCACCUUUAGCAAUACUAAACAAGAUAAGGAUCCCUUAUAGACCAACAGAUGCUAAGAUUAGUGCACUUACGACUGAUCGUGACAAACUUCCCUCUGGAAAGCAGAUACUUGCACUGACACUAACAUACAAGAUCAAAUUGGAAGAUGGAGCUGAAGUAACACCUCAAAUUCCAGUCCUGAAUGACAGGAUAUAUGACACUAAAUUUGAGUCUCAAUUUUAUAUGAUUUCUGAUUCAAAUAAGCGUGUAUAUUCAAGUGGAGAUGCCUACCCGAACUCCAAAAAACUUCCCAAGGGAGAAUACAAUUUAAGGCUAUAUGUGAGGCAUGAGAACUUGCAGAUUUUAGAGAAGAUGAAGCAAUUGGUGUUAUUCAUCGAGCGAAAUUUGGAAGAUAAGGAUGUUAUUCGACUACCCUUUUUCUCCCAACCUGAUGGUCCACUUAUAGGAAAUGGUUCCUUUAAGUCUUCAACAUUAGUUCCAGGUAUGAAAGAAGGAUUUUAUCUGGGUCCACCACCAUUGGACAAAAUCCCCAAGAAUGCUCCUCAAGGAUCUGUAUUAGUGGGAGCAAUAUCAUAUGGGAAACUAUCGUUUGCUGGUCUCGGGGAGCAGAAGAAUCCGGAGAAGCUUCCUGUAUCACAUCGGGUUUUUUAUAUAGUUCCUCCAAAUAAGAUUGAAGAGGAAAAGGGGAAAAGUUCUUCCCUAGCUUCCAAGAAGACAGUUUCUGAACGUUUAGAAGAAGAGGUAAGAGAUGCAAAAAUGAAAGUUCUUGGAGGCCUAAAACAAGAAAAUGAUGAAGAGCUUUUGGAAUGGAAGAAGUUGUCUGACUCUCUCAAAUCUGAAUACCCAAAGUACACUCCAUUGCUUGCAAAGAUUUUGGAAGGUCUAGUUUCGAGGAGUAAUAUCAAAGAUAAACUACAACAUCAUGAAGAGGUAAUUGAUGCAGCGAAUGCGGUGAUUGCCAGUAUUGAGACAGAGGAGUUGGCAAAAUUUUUGGCCCUAAAACAUGAUCAAGAUGACGACGAAGCAGAGAAAAAGAAGAAAGAGAUGGAAUUAACCCGUGAUCAAUUAGCAGAGGCACUUUAUCAAAAGGGCCUUUCAUUGGCAGAACUUGAGUCUUUGAAGGAGGUGGAUAAAACUGACGAGCAGUCAAAGGAUGACAGCACUACCCGUCUGAACUUGUUUGAAGAGAAUUUUAAUGAACUGAAGAAAUGGGUUGAUCUGAAGAGCAAAAAAUAUGGAAUCCUCUUGGUGACAAAUGAGAAGCGUAAGCAGAGGCUUGGGACAGCAUUGAAGGUGUUGAUGGACAUAAUUCAAGACGACGCUGAGCCUGCUAAGAAGAAAUUCUAUGAACUAAAGCUGUCUUUGAUUGAGGAGAUGGGAUGGUCUCAUGUGGCUACGUAUGAGAGACAAUGGAUGCUCGUGCGUUUUCCACCAAGUUUGCCUCUUUUCUAGGAUCAUUCUGUGCAACAAUGAACUAUGCAUUUUUGCUCCAUAAUCUUCAAAUGUGAUAACAAUUCAUGCAACAUUGAACUCAGCAUUUUACUCCUCAAGCUUGCAGUGGACUUGGAUAUAUGAUAUUACAGAGUCUGGAUCAUGAGUAUCAUUUUAAACAUACUGGCAUGGCCACUGUUUUAAGUGUGUGAGAACCUUGCCAUUCGAAAACAUCACGAAUUUCAUUCAUACCAAUUGUAUAAUUACACACUACAUAGUUGAUUCUUCCCAUAGAGUUGUUUGGAAUUCAUAAUCCAAUGCCUCUAUGGCCAUUUUAAGAAGAGUUGAAUGGAGUUUUGUCUUUGAUUCUAAA